CAACCUCCAAACUUUACCCCAAACUUCACGUCCUCGCAAACGGUCAUGUUCAUUGAGGAAUGCAGAAUUCAACGCUAUCAUGGCUAGAAGUAGUUCAGAUCUAGAACUAAUGCCCUUUGACGACACGGAGAGUUUGGAAGGUAGCAGUCCGAAAGGCAGAAAGAAAUCUUGGAUACCAAAACGGCGCGCAAGAGCAAUAAGACGCCAUAGAAAAGUUGAAGAAGAUGUUUUACCGUCUAGUUGGCGACAGCGACUUUGCUCGAGACGAGCUACCCGGUAUGCGAUUCGAUCCUUCUGGAUACUGGCGGCGUGCAUCUUGACUUCGCUCCUCACUUUAUCCAUCACAAAUCCCGCUCGGUUGUCGAGCUUCGACAUGGCGUUUUCGGCUUUCGUUCAUCCAGAUGGGGUACCUCUGGAUGUCGACUCCGUUCAUUAUCCUGAGACUUUUCUGCGCUCAGUGAUGCCAAUUCCAUGUCAAUCACACAAUGAUGAGCAACGUCAUACACCUCUACAUGCUGCACUCGGUACUGGCUGUGUUAGCAUAGAGGCUGACAUCUGGGCAAGUGAUGACCCGGAUUCCAACGACAUUUUCGUAGGCCAUACAACAGGCGACCUUGAUCCCAACAAAUCAUUGAAACGAAUGUAUAUUGAUCCACUUGUCCGACUGCUGGAGAUCCGCAACGGACCUCAUGCAAAACAACCACAAGCAAACGGCGUCUUCAGCCUCGCUCCAUCCACAUCUCUGACACUAGUCCUAGACUUCAAGUCCACUUCUGCCGAACUAUGGGAAGCCCUUGAGGUGAAUUUAGACCCACUAGCAUCUCGAGACUGGCUCACUUUCUGGGAUGCUUCGGCUCAAGCGCGCGUCCAAAGGCCCAUCACCAUUGCCGUUACCGGCACAGACGACUUUGAUACCAUCCUACGAGGCAAGUUGAAAACCACUGCCACAUCUUCGCCAACCGUAAAAGGACUCAACGAUACAUUCGAUCCCCUGUCUAUAGACCGAUACAUCUUCUUCGACGCUCCGCUGCACGAUCUCAUCCAACCAGGAGACCCAGACUCGAGCGAAGCGCCCUUUACCCCCUCUGAUCCUUCCAACCCUGAUCGUUCCCUAUCUUACAAAUACAAUCCCUCAAACUCACACCUAGCUUCGACCUCGCUUUAUAAAGCUAUUGGCCCCAUUUCACCUUCCUUGCUCACGUCGGCUUCCGAUCCAGAUCACUUCCAGCGACGAAUCCUGAGGCAGCAGAUCCGCGCCGCGAGAGAUAGAGGUUUGGUAAGCAGGUACUGGGGACUGCCGCGGUGGCCGAGGGGCUUGAGAGAUGGAGUUUGGGAGGUGCUAGAAAGGGAGGGUGUGGGGUUGUUGAAUGUUGAUGAUCUGAGGGGAGUGAGAAAGGGCGAAUGGGGUGGGGGGCUAUGGGGACGAUGGUGGGGAAAGGAGAAGCACAAGAAUUGGGGAUGGCCGGGCGUUGAAGAGAAGAGACGAUGA